AUGGCAUAUAUAAAGUACCCAAACUAUCGUAUGUACUGGUCAAGUAACCCAGCUUUCAGAAUGGAUCUUAUUGCUGACAUUAUGUCACUAAAGAGAUCUGAGAAAAUAAAAACGUAUUUACAUUUUGUGGACAAUGACGAAACCCCUGAAAACAACACUGACAUGUUUGUGACAGCGAAACCCAUUUUGGACAUACUGAGAGAGACAUUUUCGGGGACAGUAACUCCUGCUGAAUAUCAAUCUAUAGAUAAAAUGAUUAUCCCCUUCAAGGGUAGAAGCAGGGCAAAACAGUAUAUAAAGUCUAAACCCAAAAAGUGGGGAUUCGAAGCAUGGGUACGCUCUAGCUCAGAUGGAUACAUGACAGUUUUAGAGAUGUACCAAGAGAAAAGGCAGGGACAGAAUAACACACUGAGCCCUAACUUUGGUCCUAUUGGGAACACUGUCGUAAUAUUGUGCCAGGGGCUAGAAGGAAAGAAUCGCAAGAUCAUUCUUGACAAUUUUUUCACAACAAUCCAAUUGCUUUUGUAUCUGAAUCAAAAGAAAAUUCAUGUAUUGGGAACCAUAAGGUCUAACAGACGAAGUGUGCAGAGAGUAAAUUGA